UAUGAAUUCACCUUGAUUCAACAGUUCUUUUUGUAAUUUGGAAACAACAAAAAUGCAGGCUUCUUCAUUGGACAAGAAACUACAAGGAUUUCAACUAAUAGCACAGGAAAAACUGCAAACUAUUUUAUGUUCUAUACCUGGCAAAAAAGAUUUAAUUAUCGAAUCAGCCCUUAUAAAACCCUUGGAACAUAUUUGUGCAGCUUCUUGGCUAAAACUUAAAGGUAUCCAACGUAUAUUCAAAUUAAAUCCUGACAAUGCCAUCACUCGCACCUCUCCAGAUCAAGUUCAACUGUAUAUGAUACGCAGUGAUUUGUUCACGUUUAGUCGUGUACUGCAACAAAUCAAGUUGAUUUGUAAAUCUCAGACGUCAUCGUCAUCAUGGUUAGAAGACACACAUUUUAAAUUUUUUCAUAUAAUAUGUGUUCCAUCGUGCUUUUGCUAUUUCACUCAAAUACUGGAAAAGGAAGGUUUGUUUGGCGUUGUAGGUUUGCAUCGUUAUAAUUGGGAUGUCAUACAUUGGGAUGAGGGGAAUACUUCACUUUAUCUUUAAGGUAUUUUUCUACAGGCUUAUAUGAGAAAUGACAGCUCUUUGCUACCUGCCAUAGCUCACUCGCUAAGAGUCUUACAAAUUUUAUGCGGCCGCCCCGACUCACUCACCUUUGGUGAACAUUCUGAAAAUAUUGUUAAAAUGCUAAAUAAACUUGGGCCUUUACCAAAAAGAGUUGAUGAAAAUGAUUUUUCAGCUUUAUUAAUAAUAGAUCGUGAUAGAGAUUAUGCUGCGCCGCUUUUAACACCAGCCAUAUAUUCUGCUCUUUUAAUGGAAGUUUUUUCCAAUAAUGCUGGCAUUUUGGAGUUAGAAAAGUCUACAAAUAAAAUACAACAGCAGAAGCUAACCAUAUUUAACUUACCUUCCAAAAAGGAAAAUGAGCCAAAAAAUAAAAACGCAACGAAUACGAAGCCUCCUACAAUACAUUUUAACUCACUGCACGAUGAGAUAUACGCAGAAAAUCGUUAUAAACAUUUUUCUGCAGCGAGCAGUCAAAUACGUCAACAGGCCAAAUCAAUGAGUUUGGAAUUGCAAAAGUUAAACAACAUGAAAUUGGAUGAAAUGCAUGAUUAUGUUAAUCGUAAAUUGCCCAAGAUAACCGAUAUUAAAAAUAAGUUACUCAAACAUUUAAAUGCCAGCGAAAAGGUUAUUGAAAUGUUAGGCUCUAACUUUAGACGUGUACAAUCUUUGGAAGAGGAUAUUUUAAAUAAUGUUUCCCGUAAGAAAAUUUUACAAGAUAUUGACGAAUUGCUAACUACUGAUGGUCAAAAAUACAAUACUUUACGUUUGUUGUGUUUACUGCAUGUAUGUGCUGGCAUUACAUCUGAAGAACUAGCACAAUUUAUACGUAAUUAUUGUAAUUAUUUUGGUUUAAAAUAUUUAACUAUAUUUGAGCUAUUAGCUCAAGUGGGUCUAUUGCCGCCUUUGGUGGAGGAGGUGGCAACUCCCAUUAAUAAAACCGCUUCUAAGUUACUAUCGAAUAUUCCCUUGAACAUACCAAAAUUUCAACAAACUCAAUUCCAAGCCAAUGCAAAUCGUUUAAAAUUAAUGGUUUCAACUACCGGCGAGGAGGAGUCGGAAAAUCCCGCAAAUUCUAACACACAAAAAUCAAAAAACGCAUCAACGGUUUCAUCUUGUCCCAGUUAUGUUUUUAAUCGUCUCUAUAUUCCCCUAAUAGCACAAUUAUCUUCAUUUCUUUUAAAAGCUAACAAUAGUGAGGAUUUUAUUACAAAAAUUGCUAUGAUCGAGGGCAUACAAAUCAAUGGUCAACCUUUAAAGACUUAUAGUCAAAAUGUUAAACAAUCGGAGCCAAAUAAGGAGCUUCUGUCAAUACCCUUGAAGAAACGCCAAAUUAUGGUUUAUGUAGUGGGUGGUAUUACAUAUGCUGAAAUUGCCGCUUGCAAUCUGGUUUCAAAGGUUACCGAUUCCGAAAUCUUAGUGGCCUCGGAUUGCGUCUUAUCAGGAGCUGAUUUAAUAGCUAGCGCUUUUUAGCUACAAUGUUAUCAAUUCAAAAUUCACCAAAAGAAACCUAAGAAGUUAGUAGGAUCUCUUUUUAUUUUAAUUUUUUGUGAACAAGUUAUAUGAAAAGAAUAGAAUUUCCUUCAAAUAAGACUGUAUACAUACAUAAAUCUAAAUUUAUAGUUCACAAUUAGUUUUUUUUUUUGCUAAAAUCUCUAUUCUUAUACAUAAAAAGACAUUUUUUUAAAAUUGUUAGUUAAAAUCUUAAAUCAUGUAACCCUCUCAGGGCAAAAUCUAUCGAUGUCAAAUAGUAUGUUUUUUAAUGUAGUUAAAAAUUAUCUUAAGAACAACAAAAUUGCACGGUUAAUACCAGAUCAAUUGUUAUAUAUGUCUUAUUCAUAAACAUUUUUUUAAUAAACGGUUUAUAAAUCAAAUUUUGUGUGGAAAUAUAGUAUUUUAUAAACCUUUUAUAAAAUAAAAUGUUGUUUAUGAAUAAGAGAAACCCCU